UUCCCCGGCUGCCUUCUCCCACUCACCGUGCACUCGGAGAAGCCCUGCAGAAUCAACCUCUGGCAGUGGGCGUUUGUCGCACUUGGGAAACUGGCCUCCUGUUUGAAUGAGACGCCUCCCGUUCUCAUUCAGGCAAACCCAACACUCCAUCCGCAUUAAUCGCAUCUACUCUGGUGUUGCGUGCAGUUCAGCUUCCGCUGUUCCCCCUUCCCAUCUCUGGGGUCUAUCCGGUCUCCUUCUGCGCCUCUGCGGAGAUCCUGGUUUCCUAUCUGGAUUCGCCUGGCGAUGGCGAGAAAGAGCGAAGGUCGAGGGUAAUGAAUAUACUUUGGAGUUUAUGAUGUAACCAACAGUAUGCAAUGAAGAAGAUUCACAUCAAGAUUUCCAUCACUCUGUUACAUCAAAUGGCAAAGAAUGUUUAUUUCCUUAGAAUAUGGAAUAUAUUCCAGUUCUAAAACCAAUGUUAGCAUAUGAAUGCAAUAACAUUCAAUUUUAGCCCAGAAGUGAAUGAGUGACAUUUUCACAAUGAUUGAAUGUAAUAGUACACUUUUGGAGAGAUGUAUCCCUGAGUUUUUAAAUGUGACAAAUCCAAUUGUGAAUUCAAGCAAGACAAAUCUUCCCGUCUUUAUAAGGAUAAUGCUAGCAAUAGUGAUGAUGUCAAUGAUUGCUAUUGGUUUCCUUGGCAAUGCAAUAGUGUGUUUAAUUGUAUACCAGAAGCCUGCAAUGCGCUCGGCAAUCAACCUGCUCUUAGCCACCCUUGCAUUUUCUGACAUUAUGCUGUCUUUGAUGUGCAUGCCUUUUACCACGAUUACCAUCAUAACAGUUGAGUGGAUCUUUGGAGGUUAUUUUUGCCGGAUAUCUGCUAUGUUUUACUGGUUCUUUGUCCUGGAAGGUGUGGCAAUUCUUCUGAUAAUCAGUGUUGACCGUUACUUAAUCAUUGUGCAACGACAAGACAAGCUGAAUCCUUAUCGGGCCAAAAUAAUGAUUGUCGUUUCAUGGACAGUCUCCUUUUGUAUCUCCUUUCCAUCGGUGAUUGGCUGGACUGCAGUGGAAGUACCUACUCGGGCACCCCAGUGUGUCCUGGGGUACACAGAGAUGGGGGCUGACCGUGUUUAUGCUGUGCUCUUGCUGGUGACCAUUUUCUUUGUUCCUUUCAGUGUGAUGCUGUAUUCUUACCUCUGCAUUCUGAACACAGUGCGAAGAAAUGCAGUACAGAUCCACAACCACGCAGAUAACCUCUGUUUAAAUCAAGUGAGCAAGCUCGGAUUAAUGGGUUUACAACGACCUCAUCAAAUAAACGUUGACAUGAGCUUCAAAACUCGAGCCUUCACAACUAUUUUAAUCCUCUUCAUUGGCUUUUCAUUCUGCUGGUUGCCAUACACUGUGUACAGUCUGCUUUCUGUUUUCAGCAAAAACUUUUAUCACAGUCACUCCUUCUAUACCAUUAGCAUCUGGGUCCUGUGGCUAACUUACCUGAAAUCAGUCUUCAACCCCAUCAUCUACUGUUGGCGUAUCAAGAAAUUCCGUGAAUCCUGUGUGGAAUUCAUGCCAAAAACGUUCAAAAUCCUACCAAAGCUGCCUGGCAGGACAAAACGGAGAAUUCGUCCCAGUACAAUUUAUAUUUGCAAUGAUCAUCAGUCAGCUGUAUAAAUUAAACCAUUGUUCAAUAUGUCUUUAGAAAAAUGCUAUAAAGUAGAAUAUUUUCCCGUGAUGUACACUUGUCAUUCAUUGUGCAAAACUGACCUGCUCUUAUCAGGAAUGGUUGCUACCAUGUUGUAAUUUAUUAAUGUUGCUGAACCCUCCACAGUCACUCUCCACAAUUAAUGUGUUAAUACAAUGUUUCUUCUGGUUCU